UUGUUACGACAUGUCGUCCAUAAUAACUCAUACAAUGAUUGGAACAAUUUUCCACAACAGUUGAAAUACAAAGCCAACAAUAACAUAUCCCCUCUUCAACCAUCUUCUGCCAAUUCAAUCCCAGGCUUUCUUCUUAGCUUCAGCCGAACAAUUAGGUAGUAGAAAUAAGGCUCCUGGAAUUAGGUUCAUGUUGAAUAGCAAAUAAAAUCUGUAAACCUUAUUCAAAGUGAAUAUAGGAGCGCUUUUCGUUAUAUGGUGACUACUUGCAGCUGGAUUGGUCUCUCAUGUGGCCAUUCUAUCUUCUCUUCAACAAGAUUCUCAAGCUUGAGGAACCAAGAGAAUUGGGUGGAGAUGAUUUGAGUUUUGUAGAAGUGUACCCAUUUGAGAGUUUUCUAAGUAAAAUAAGAUGUGAUGCUCCAGUUCUUCCUCGCUCCCAGUUGAUUGAAGUACCACACAUAAACCAGCUACAACAAUGGGAUUGUGGCCUUGCUUGUGUUUUGAUGGUUUUGAACAUUCUUGGGAUUAAUGGUUGCGAUAUUCAAUCACUGGCAGAUCUAUGCGGUACAAGAAGCAUAUGGACUGUUGAUCUGGCAUAUUUGUUGCAGAGAUUUUCAGUUAGUUUCUCCUACUUCACAGUGACCUUUGGUGCGGACCCUAAUUAUUCAGUUGAAUCAUUUUACAAGGAGGAACUAGCAAAUGAUCUUGUUCGAGUUGAUAGGCUAUUUCAAAAGGCACUGGAAGCUGGAAUAAAAAUUGAGUGCAGAUCUCUCAGCAAAGAAGAUAUUUCUCUCUUAAUGUUAUCUGGGAUAUAUGUUGCUAUUGUGUUAGUUGAUCAACGUAGAUUGAGUGGGUCUUGGCUGGAGGACAUACUCGUGUCAGGUAUCUGUGAUAGCGACUCCAGCUAUACUGGUCACUAUAUCGUGGUUUGUGGCUAUGAUGCUGAUGCGGAUGAAUUCGAAAUCAGAGAUCCUGCAAGCACUAGAAAGCACGUGAGGAUCUCUUCAAACUGUCUAGAUGGUGCACGCAAAUGCUUCGGUACUGAUGAAGAUAUCUUAUUGGUAUCUUUGGAGAAGAGCGGAAAGCAAACGACAGAAUCACCUCAUCUUUCUCCAAACGUCAACAUUAACUGCUGAGUGUAUAUAUAUAUAUAUAUCUACAUUUGAUUGAAAUGUGAUUAAUACCUAGGAGAAUAUUGAAACUCUGUAUUAUGUUCUUCACUGUACAGUUGGUAGAUUUAUUUUCUUCCAUUUUAUUUAUAGUGAAUAUAUAUAUCCAUAUUUGUAUCAACAUCAACUGCUGGGUGUCGUGUAGUGAUUGUAAAAAUGGCAUCAUAUUUUUACUCACAAUAUAAUUCUCUUCAGGGUGUGUUCGACAAACA